AAUAAAAACUAAACGUAGCUGUACGUGCGAUGGCGAUGUGUGGAUUUUUUCGUUGGUUGAUGAUAUUUUUUGAUCACAAAACAAUUGCUAAUUGAAACCUAAGUCCUAUGAGUAAGAUAUACCUGCUACAGCAUCCGGUGAAUAGUGUGUGGUGUUUAAGUGCAGGGGACAAAAAUAAUAAACCGAGUGGUGAUGGAAGAGAGUACGGAGAAUCACAUGGAGACCGACGUGUCGUCCACGACUGAUGAUGUUCCUGAGACGCAGGAAGUAACAGGCUCCGACGGUAACGUCGAGAUGAUCAUAGUUGUGGAGAAGAUGGAAGAUGAGUCAACAGCUGACGAGCAAUCAGAUGAGCAACAUUCACCAGUUCAUGAGGGUCCUGGUAGUAUCAUUGCACCAGAGGAUAAGGCACCAGAGAAAGAACAAGUACCAAUAGUAAAAUCCCCACUAAAAUCUCCAGCAAAGUCUCCUAUAAAGACACCAACAAUAACUCUUGUAAAAUCGCCAGCAAAAUCCCCUGUUAAAAUUCCAGCAAAAUCUCCAGUUAUAAUUCCAGCUAAAUCCCCUAUCAAAAGCCCAGCCAAAUCUCCAGUUGAAAGCCCAGCUAAAUCACCAAUAAAGUCACCUACAAAAUCUUCAAAUAUUGAGCCAGAAAUUACAAAUUCCACAGAGGAUACUGAGAUAGUAAUGAUUGUGGAAACUGCACCUCAGGUGCCAGAUGAGGUUUCAACACCUGUCACCAUAGAACAAGUUGAAUUGACUGUAGAAGCCCCAUCAACCAAAGAAUCUCUUAUUGAAACAGACAAACCCACCCAGAUUCUGAGUCCAAGUAAAGAAGUACAGGAACCUGUAUCAACAUCACCCAAUAAGGAGUCACAGCCUUCAGAUUCUGCUAUAUCAACACCAACAAAAGAAACCACAACAAAUGAUAAAACGUCAGUCAAUGGCAAGGUUCAAUCAAAUGAAACUGGUAAAAUGGAUGACACAAGUGCUAAACCUGUUACUACUAUCACACCCAUAGAGAUUACCAUUGAAAAUUCAAAUGAUUCUCAAAUUGAAUCAUUGUCUGACAUAUCAGAAAAAGAACACAAAGGCAUUAGCAGAGAAUUGAAAUCCUUAAUAAACUCUGCCAAAGAGUCUAAGAUCAUUAGUGAGUGCACACAAUUAAAAAGUAAGACAAGAAAGUCUAGAAAUGCUUUAGACACAUCUAGUUCAAGUUUGAAUUCCUCUUUGUUGGAGCCUGGUAAGAUUAAUGACACUAGAAGACACAGUGAUAACUCACAGAAGAGUAAUUGUAGUGAAAAGUCUGAUAAAACUCACCUCAAGAGGUCAAUGAGGUCACAGAACCCGGAAUUUGUUAGUAAGGUAAAACAGUUUCUGAAUUCUGUUACUGGUAAGAGUAAUAAAGAGUCUGAUGAUGACGAUGAUGUGGUGGAAAGCAAAGAUAAGAGUGAAAUAUUAGAGGAGGAUGCAAAGGGGACACCUCCUAAAGUAAAAAAGGCUGAGCCAAUUGUAAUUACAGAGAAUAGCAACAAGCUGCGUUCAGAUCCUUACUGUUGGCGUUGUCAUUGGGCAGUGGAGCACAGUACCAAUGAUAAAGUGCAUCCUCCGAUGCACUGUACAGUGUGCCCGAGGACUUUCCACUUCAAAUGCCUGACUAGUACGGAGAAGAACAAGAUAAAUGUGGAGAAGAAUUGGGUGUGUCCUGAAUGUAUGGUCGUACUACAGGCUGAGAGUUCUGAGACCAGAUCUCCAGCCAUGAAGAAGAUAUCCCUAGGAAUGCUCUGUGACCUAUUGAAGCACGCGCUGCGGCGAAUGAUGGAAGUGAAUGGGGUGGACCCAUUCAUGCAACCAGUGGACCGUACAGCAUUUCCAGAUUAUGACAAGUAUGUAGUGCAUCCCAUGGACCUGUCAUUGAUGAGAGACAACAUCUCCGAGGGACUGUACGGCAGCACAGAGGCGUUCCUGGCUGACGCGCAGUGGAUACUUCAUAACAGCAUCAUUUUUAACACAUAUGAAAACGUGUGUCCCCCUUCAGUGCAGUCUAAGUUGACGGCGGGCGCGCGCGCGUUGGUGCGGUCGUGUCGCUCGGAGAUGGGGGAGAUCGAGGCCUGCCCCGAGUGCUACGCCGCCGCGCAUGCGCGCCGACCCACCUGGUUCACAGACGUCUGCUCCACGCCACACAUACUGUUCUGGGCUAAACUAAAAGGCUUCCCCUACUGGCCAGCGAAGGGUAUGUCGGUGAACGGCUCCGGUUUAGUGGACGUGCGCUUCUUCGGCGCCCACGACCGCGCCUGGGUACCUUCCAAAGACUGUUUUCUGUACUCUGAGAAAGAUCCGAAUAACUUCCGGACUAAACGACAGGAUAUAAUAGACAGUAUGCAGGAAGCCGAGCAGCACAUUCGGAAUAUUUCAAGAAAGUAUGGUCGGUUUGUGUACCCACCUUUCAAAACACCAUUUGAUCCCAGCAGAAUGAGUGAACAACUCAAAAUGAUGAUACCAACAUUCGAAGGUGAUGUCAGAUCACUGGUGAAGGAAAAAUCUUCACCAGCGGCUACCAAGGGGAAGAGCAGGUCCAACUCCAAGGGUUCAAAAUGUUCACUGAAUGAUGGGUUGCGCCUACACUCGGAUAGUACGGAUUCGGAUAGUGACGGGGAGGAACUACAGCGUCUGUAUGCUCUCCUAGAAAAGUACAGUGACGCAAGCGAGACUGAUGACGCGCCAGCUCUGCCGGCGAGGAAAAUGGCGGACGGCGCCGAAAUAGCCAAAGUGGAGGAAGAUGAAUCUAAUGUAGAGAAGGAAAUGGAAGUUGAAGUUCCAAUCAAACUAAAAGAAAAUGCUCAAACUCCUACAACAACGAGUUCUAGAAAGCGCCGUCGGUCAGAACUCGAGGAAGCUGUCAUUACUAUAAUCGAAACUAGCGGCACCUAUGAGAAGCGCAGUCGCCGCAAAAGCUUAACUGAAACCAAGAAACCUGACGCACCAGAACCAACUAGCAGUAAGGCCGUAGACACCACAGCCACUGACAAACCCCAGGGUGAAACAAAACAGACCACACCAGUUAAAGUAAAUGAAACACUAACUAAACUUAAAGAUAACGAGCCAUCCUCUAGCACUGAAAAAGAGAAAACUCAGAGAGUUACUCCUAUAAGGAUAGCACUAGUGAAAGAGAGACGCCAGUCUACAAGAACCAGUUCCUCCAGGGACCCAACCGCCAAAAUCAUUACUCCUACUAAAGACAAGGAUCAGGAAAAAACCACUCCACAGAGGCCAAAAUCUGCUAGAAACGUUGAUAAACCAUCACCUGCUACUAAACCAGAGAAAACAAAACCAGAAAAAAUUGACAAAACACCAAACUCGAAAGUUGACAAAGUUGAUAAAACACCCAAUGACAGCAAAACUACACGAGGGAACAGGUCCAGAGCUGAGAAACGAAGUAGUUCUCGAAGUAGCAGGUCAACUAACAGCACUAGCUCGACGAGGUCAUCAGAAAAAGCUGAGAAGAAAACCGAUGGGGCCGCCAAAGAUAAGCCCAAAGAAGGUAAACCCUCAGCAAAGGAGAAAGACAAACCGGGAGAUGUAAACAAAUCGACAUUGGAUGUACAGAAGUCACCCAAACCGGUUACAGAUGUACAAUCCCCGAAAUCUAUUAAAGAUCGGAUGCACUUGGAUGACGACACUACCCUAGCUGUUCUAGCGCGGGAAACUUCUAAAUCGAAUAAUCUGGUAACAGUAACGCAUUGCAACAGUGGGCUCCCCACAAUUAGCUCCGUGCGGAGUCUCUCGACCACUGCACAGGCUACUGGCGUGACGAUAACUAGAACGAUGUCCAGUGCGAACACUAUUGACAUCACGGAAGAAUCGUCUACCUCGGACUCGAGUAUCUUUACACCUACUAGCUCGGACAACGUUACGUCUAUGAAAGAAGCAAUGUCGAAACUGCAGAGGCUACGUAACGAGACGGCGGAGCCAGCCGUAGGGCGCGUGGGGGUCAGAGCAUUCGCGAGGAUGACAUCGCCGGAGAAACAGACGCCAAAUGAAGAGGUGCAAGUAGAGAUUAAGGCUGAACCAAUCGAUCUCGAUGACCCAGAAAGGCAUAUGGAGAAGAUGGAUCUCAUGAACGCUUUUAGGCUACGGCCGGUGAACCCACAGAACAUGCCGACACCGACGAUGAAUUUGCGGGACGUUCGAAUAAAUAAAGUGGUAGUGACGCCGCUGAAUGCCAAGAAGACGACCAAAACGCCUGAGGUGCGGCCGAGAGCGAAGAAAACGUUCCCACAGCCGAAGAAGCCGGAGGACGGUCGGUCGGAUCUGGUCACGAAGAACUCAAUGGUGUACAUCCCCAUCCAGCCUCCGAUGACGCAGGCUCCCUCCCUGCGCAUGCCGCGCCCCCCUCACGCCGCGACACCCACCGCGCAGCCCAUCAUCAGGCCGCCCAUCGCUACAACCACUGCAGUGAACAGCCUAGUAAACACGGUAACAACCCCCCUGGUGUUGUCCAGCCCGUGUAUCUCCACUAGUGGUGUGACUAACAGCGCGAGUGUGGCCACGGUGCCCACAGUACACACAGUGCCACUGAUGACGUCAGUCAAUGGACAGUGGAUGUUUAGCUUCCAGCCAGUCAUGUCCGUUGGAGCUAUUGAUACUCCUCCCCCUCUAGUUAACGGUAUAGCUGAUCGUGUAAACACAUCUGUUCCGCUGGCAACAUUAACUCCAACGCCAAACUCAACGUUAGUAAACUCUAACGUGGCAACACCGGCCGUGUCGGUCCUGCCCAUAGUACCUGCCGGUACACCUGCACCACCCAUCUCUGUGCUAAGCAGGACACCCACCGACAAUACGCCUGGAGAGCUCCCGCGACUGCAGCAGCGGCCGACGCAGUCCCUGCAGAACCCGCUGGACUGCAAUACGCCUAUCGGCAACAUGCCGCCACCCUCCACUGCUGGACCUGUCACCGCCAAGCUCAACCAGAAUGCCGUCAAGAUGACAGAUUUCUUCCGGACGUUACUGGAGGACUCGUUAGAGAAGCUAGAUGAGCCCAUCACACAGCUGACCACUCUGAAGUUGCAGCUGGAGCAGGACAAAUGGCGGCACCAACAGGAGAUCAAGGAACUCAAACAUAACUAUGAACUAACAAUAGCAGAGAUGCGCGCGUCGUUCGACAAAGAGAAGCUACGAGCUGUGAGCGAGGCGAGACGUGCGUCACAGGUCGAACUGGAGGCCGCCGUAAAGCAAACCAAGACUAAACAAUGGUGUGCGAACUGUAGCCAGGAGGCGCAGUUCUACUGCUGCUGGAACACGGCGUACUGCGGGUACCCCUGCCAGCGCGCGCACUGGUCGGUACACUUCUCCGCCUGCCAGCAACAGAGACAGGAUGGCAGCAACGGAGAUUCACCCAGCUCUCCGAAAUCUCAAUCUGAUAUGCCACGGGGGUGUAUUGGUGUUACAGAAAACGCCGGCUCCGACGCUGACUGUCGGCGGCAAGGUCGCUACCUCUCGCGCCUUCAACCAAGACCAAAAUAGCACAUCGAAGGCUUCUAUUAUUGUAAGUAUGGUCGAAGACACGAGCGGCAACCAGACAAUGAAAUGCGUCGGCACCUACAAGCAGAUUAGUACCAACCAGCUCUCGCCUAUGAUCACCAACAAAUCAGUACCGAGCAAUGAAGAGAGUCAAAACAAGAAAGUGGUAUCUUCUUCAGGAGGGUACUUAAUAGUGGGCGGGUCGAGUAACUCGUCAGUCGUGGCUCCGGCGAGGCGGACGCACGCGAUACAAUACUUCUCUUGAGGCAGAGACUCUCCUGUUUGCUUCGAUUUCUUCGAACGCAACAAGAUGAUAGGAAGAAAACAGAAGAAAUAAACAUGUACAAAUACCGUUAAAGAGUGCAAGUGCAGUCCUAUUGGAGUGUUCGAAAAGUGCAGUGCAUAAUUAUGGUUGUAAUUAAACCUUUUUUCGUAAGGGUCUAUAAGCAAUAAGUACUCUGUUACAGUAAUUAUUUUGUGGAAUUGUCCACAGAUUAUAAAAGUACUAGUAAUCUAGUUACUGGCAAUAUUUUUAUAUCAUGCAUAGACAAUUAGCAAACAAUCAAGUCGUUAGUUCAAAAAUAAGCAUUGUGGUUACUUUGAUUGGUAGUUAUUGUAAAUGUUUAUCGUGACUUGAAGCUGCUGUAUCUAGCUUGAGUAUACAGAACCAUGCUCAUAAAUCAGGUAAAUUAAUACAAAAGUAGUUAUUAAAACGCUAGAUUUCAAUGAGGUG